GGAGCUGCGGUAUAUUGUGAGCAGCUUAAUGGUUCGAUUAGUUUCUGAGCUUGUUUUAAAAUCAUUACCAUACAAUGAUAAAUGUUGUAAAAAAUGUCUUUCAAAUGAUUCUAAGAAAAGGUUUUAACAGAAACUGUCAAGUGCCUGAGCUUAAAGUCACAUUAUAGUGCAACAAUGCUAGAUAUUUUGCUUUUGCUGAUUGUCUUUAUUUUUUGUUCUUGAAAUAACGUCAUUUCAGCUGCAAGAUUUUCAAUGUUAAAUUCUAACACUGAUUCAAUGUUGAUUCAUUUUGCAAGGUUUCCUUUUAAUGUUGUACUGCAAUUAAUUUAUCUGCAAUGUGUCAUGCUUCCAUGGAAAUCUGAACUAAAAUGAAAGCUUAUUGUAUAACUCUCAUCACAUAAGACCUCGAUGUUUGACUAUAACUGGUUCAGAGCACACAAACCGGUCUGGGGCGUAUCGCUGUUAUUCACUACAUUAUAAACACAUAGCCUGUGGAGUUUAGGAUUGCAUCUCAUAUUUAGAAGUCAAUGCAGUCUCUCCACGGAUCGCAGCAAAGCUUUUAAUAAAAUACCACUUUUAUAAAGACACCAACAAGAUCAGCAAUCAGCUGUUGAAAAACACUGCAAAGAUUAUAUCGGUCCUGCUGUCUUGAAACAUCUAUUUACAAAAAAAAGAAUUGUUUUAAAAAAUAAGUCAUGGCAUCAAAGGGUUACAUGAGGUAUCUGUUGGUUGCCUUGUUGAUUAUUUUGAUAGUGGGACUUUCUCUGGCACUCAUUCUAACGCUCACUCUAAAACCCACUGUACCACCCUCUGAGAAGUGUUUUACUAAAGCAGCGGUGGCAGCAGAUGCGGGGACUUGCUCUGAGAUCGGGAGGGACAUGUUGAAGCGUAAAGGUUCAGUAGUUGAUGCUGCUAUCACUACUCUGCUGUGUCUAAAUGUGGUCAAUCCUCAAAGUAUGGGCAUUGGAGGAGGAGUGGUUUUCACCAUAUACAAUGCAUCAAUAGGUACAAGAGCUUUGAGAGACUUCUGCAACCUGCCACAAUGGAUGCAAAUUUUGUUAGUUUGAAAGAACAGCGCUGCUGUGAGUGUUCAAAUCAUAUAUAAGGCACAUUUAGGACAGGAUAGGGUUUCAUCCAUUGCAGAACUAUCUUGCUGAUACCUAGCGUUGUUACUGCCUACUGCGGCAUGUAACAUAUGAAAAGAAGUCCUGCCAUAUUUUAGUUUGAACCAUAAACUCACCAAUUCACCGAAUUCACCAAAGAAGUAACCAAGUCAUUCCUUUCAAGAUACAAACAAGUCUUGAGUCAAAUCCCAAUUCUUAAAAGAGUUAAAGUUGAUGUUUUAUUGGUUAAAAGAUGAACACUGUCACACCUCUGGACUUUUGUUAUUGUUUUUGUCUCAUGCCACGUGUUGUCUGUGCCCUGCCUUCCCCUUGUGUUCAAUUGUUUAAUUGUCUUCCAGUUGUGUCUUGUUAAUUUCCUUGUGUAUUUAAGCCUUGUGUUUUGUGUUCACCGUGUCGGAUUAUCAAAGUUUCAACGUAACUCUGU